AUGGAUUCGUACGACUACGUGAUUGUGGGUGCCGGCGUCAACGGGACGUCGAUUGCGACCUCGUUGGCCUCGCACGGCUUCCGCGUCGCCGUACUCGACCGAUCCUCCGACGGCUUUGUUGCGCCCGAUGGCGCAUCGCACGACCUCAACAAGAUCGUACGUGCCGACUACACGGAUGCGAACUUUUGCACGCUGGCCAAGGAGGCGAUUGCAAGGUGGCGUUCGAGCCCGGUGCUGAGCAGGUUCUACCACGAGGUGGGGGUGCUCUUCCGCUCGUCGGCGACGGGCGACGUGUGGGGCAAGGAGGGAAGUGCAGAGGAGUACGUCCACAACGGUAUCAAGCAUGCAGCGCUCGAAAGCGAUAUGCAUCUAGAGGUUUUUCCCGCCGAAGAAAAGGUGCGAGCAUUUAAGCUCAACAACGAUGCUCAGGUGGAGGAGAUCCUGGGAAAGGCAGAGGGAUUGAAGGGGGACGGGUUGAAGGGGAUGGGGAGGGUGCAGACGGGCUACUUUAAUCCACGCGCGGGGUGGGCCGAGGCGAACAACGCCACGAGAGCGCUGCUUGCACAUGCGGUCAAGCUUGGGGUUACGGUGUAUCCGGACAGCAGCGUCGCUUCUUUCCUCUACGAAGCGGGCGAGGUGGUGGGAGUCAAGACGGCGGAUGGACGGGUGGUUCGCGGCGACAACGUGGUGCUUGCUGCGGGAGCAUGGACGCAGAAGCUGCUCACCACGCUGCUCCCCGGUGUGGGAGAGGCAUGGAUGACGCGUCCGAGUGCGCAGUGCGUGGCGGUGGUGCGUCUAACCCGCGCCGAGGCGCUGCAGCUCAAGGCAACGCCGGUGGUGAUCAACUUUGCCACGGGAUUCUACCAGUUUGAACCGACCCCGACCGCCGACGAUGACGAGUGGCAUCUCAAGAUCGCCAUCCACUCCAACGGAUUCCUCCACCCCUCACCCCCCUCCACCUUCACGGGGACAUUCCCGGCGUUUAGCUGCACGGACAGCACCGAGCAAGAUGCCUUCGGGAUGGCCGCCUGCAGCAUGCCCGAAAACCAGCUCGAGAUCAUGCUGGAGGAGCUGAGGCAGACGUGGCCGCACCUCGCGCAGCGCGAACGUGUCGUGUGUACCCGCGUCUGCUGGUAUUCCGACACGCUCGACGAAAACUGGAUCAUCGACAGCCUAGCCAACCACCCUGCGAAACCAAAGGGCACCGACAAGGUGUGGGUGGUCAGUGGAGAUAGCGGACACGCAUUCAAGUUCCUCCCCAUCAUCGGCGACGUCUUCCUCGCCGCCAAACGCCUCGUCCCCAACACGAGGCAGCUCGACUUGAGCCGGUUUACCUUCAACCACCAUGCACGCACCCACGCCGACAAAAACGCCGGCCGCGCUGUUCAGUCCGCCGACAGCAACCGUGCCCACUCUACGCCGCUCGCCAACGCCCGCGCGCGUCUCUAG